GUUGGGGAGGAGGCCGUGGCGGAGAUGGCGUGAGCGUUCUUUGCCCAGACAAGUGGCCAUUCGAGCUCAACAGCGUUCCAAACGAAGUGAUGGAGAAUGCCAACGCCACCCCCGGCGUACACCCGCGCGACAACAGCAUCGUUGUGUUAUACCGAGAAACGGACUGGAUCGGCCGCCCGACGGAUCUCAAGGACACCGAGGAGUAUGAGCACUCUCUCCAGCGUAGCCGUCGCAAUCGCAUCAUCAUCAUUGCUGCUACCGCCUUGCUCGUUGUCGGAGCCGCGAUCGGUGUCAUCGCUGGCACCACCGGUACAGACCAAGCGUCCGUGCAGUCCGCUGACAUUGUAGCCACGGUGUCCCCCACGCCUUCGACGACCCUCCCGUUGUCACCGUCCAUGAACUCCGACCUUGCUGAUUUGCCAGCGGCGUCAAACUCCACGUUGAACGCCACGUCGAACGCCGAAGUGAUUGUCGGUGGCACCGGUCUCGAGACAGUCCAACCCACCCCCGAACCUACGACGACCACUCCUGAGCCCACAACCACGCUGGAACCGACGACGACGACGCCUGCUCCCACGACGACGGCACCGGCACCCACGACGACAACGCCUGCUCCAACUACCACCCCUCCUCCACCUACCCCAGCUCCAUUGAGUUCCGGUCAGAUUCGAUACGUGAACAAGUGCAACAAACCGUACACGUUGUGGAAGAGCCACCGCGCCUUGGCCGUGCUCAAACCUGGCGAUUCGUAUGACACCCAAGGCACGGCCGACGUCAGCGCAGCAUACUACUUGUCGGACGACGAAUCUGGAAACGCGUCGCUGUUUGAGAACCACUUUGCCAAUGACAACUUUUGGUACGACUUGAGCAUCAUCCCGGUGGGGUGCGGUGUGUCGUGGGACUCGUGCUUCGGCAAGCCCAAGAGUUUCAACGUUCCCGUCAGCGUCCGUGUGUCCAACCCCGGCGGCAACUGCAAACAUCUCACUUGCGACUCGCCGUCCUGCACGGACGCGUACUUUGUACCGAGCGACAAACAGACGUGGGUGUGCCCCGGCAGCGUCUCGAUGACAGUCACGUUUUGUUAAACCUGUGCUAAUAUCAAAGCCCUUUCUUCUUGUGUGCA